CAUUCCUGUCCUUGUAUAUGCCAAUAAAUCCACUUCUUUAGAAAGCGACCUUAAUUCACCGCGAAGCAAUACCUCGGCCCGUUCUCCUCGAUCUCCAUUCUUCGCUUCUUCUCGACUCUUCCUUCCGUCUUCGUCCCGGUCUCCUCUCUGUCCCUCCCUUCCGAGCAAUCCCUGCGAGAAUCCAAAAUCGAAAGGACUUUGGAUCGGUCGAAGCUCUCAGCGAGUCUCCCAUGGCGACCAUCGGCCGCAACAAUCUCAGUGCCAAGCUCGUCCUGUUGGGCGAUAUGGGCGCCGGGAAGUCCAGCCUUGUUCUUCGGUUCGUGAAGGGCCAGUUCCUCGAAUUCCAGGAGUCCACGAUCGGGGCAGCUUUCUUCUCGCAGACGCUGGCGGUGAGCGACGCCACGGUGAAGUUUGAGAUUUGGGACACGGCGGGGCAGGAGAGGUACCACAGCUUGGCUCCCAUGUACUACCGCGGUGCUGCUGCUGCCAUCAUCGUGUAUGAUAUCACCAGCACGGAUUCAUUUGAGAGAGCUAAGAAAUGGGUUCUAGAGCUACAGAAACAAGGUAAUCCAAACAUGGUAACUGCUCUUGCGGGAAAUAAAUGUGAUUUGGAAGAUAAAAGGAAGGUGACAACUGAGGAAGCACGCACAUAUGCCGAGGAGAAUGGUCUUUUCUUCAUGGAGACCUCUGCUAAAACAGCCAUUAAUGUGAAUGACUUAUUCUACGAAAUAGGGAACUCUUUGCGGCUUUUGGUCACUGCAGUUGAGAAUAGUAUGUACUGAAAACUUCCAUUAUUUCUUGUUUCAUGAAAACAAGGAGAGAGCUGUUACACACCCAACUGUUUUUCAAAUUUUGUAAUCUUUCAGGUGAUUGAGUUUGCAAGGAUAGCAGCUUAACAACCUUUUUUCCUAACUUCUUUCGUUCUACAAAGGAUGUUCUAGAUGAACAACUACAUAACCUGCACUCUGCAUUGUGGUGAAACUAGUAUGUCAUUCAAUCUUUCAGGAAAGGAUAAAUCAAGCAAUCAAACCCAUUCAAUUACAUCAAUUACAUCUCUUUAAACCUCUUUAUUUUAUUUUUUGUAGAGUUACUAAUUACUGAGUAUGAGCUUAUAGGUAAUUUCUUGCAUUUAUGUAUUCUUAUGAUCCAUUAAAUUCCCUGAAAAUUUUCUGGGUACCCAUCUGUGACCAUUUAUUGCACUGCUAAUUAUACCUUCACUGGUCCAGUCAUAUGGUUCAAGUUUGUUUAUUUACGGUCAAAUAUAGAUUUUAGGUUACUUGGUCAGGCUUUGAUGACCCUUCUCUCUGUCAAUAAGUCUGAUCAUAGUCACAUAUGCAUUGGUCAAAUAAACUUUCUCAGCAAGAAUGAAGACCAUUCAUGGCUUUUGAUCUGUUGUUAUCUCUGAUUUAAUGAUUUUCUUUAGAGAAUUUCUUUGAACCAUUUAAGAAGUAUUGCUUAUGUGCAGGGCAAUAAAGUUGCAGGUUUUGAGAUCUUGUGUGAGUUCUCUAUGGGUUGGGUAUUGUAGAGUAUGGUUCUUAUCCAAUAUAUUUGUUUGCGUAUUCUUUGACAUUGUCUUCUUCAAAAUGUGGCUAGGUUCUAUUCAUACUUAGAUUACUAUUUACUUCUUUAAAAUGAUAACUGAAAUGAAGAAAAGAAAAUCUAAAGAGUGAAGUUACAUUUGCUUAGAAAAUGAAGUUGG